AGUCAAGAAAAAAUCCAAAUAUUUCAGAUGUUAAUACAAUAAGAGCUUUUUUAUCAAAACGAGAUUAAUAUCAUAUAUAGUAAAAAUAAAACGACCAUCCAGUCUUUUAAAGAGAAAAAAAAUUGUAGUCGUCCAUAUAUAUAUAAUUGAUAAAAAAUGGAACAUGUGGUUUGGUAUGGUUACGCAUGUGUAGAUACAGCGUUUGUGACAAUCAUGCAUUAUUUACUUUGUGAUAAAGCCCUUUCUCUCAAUUAUCUAUCGAGUUGUUGUACUGCAACUCCUCCAUUUCACUGUCAUUCCUGGAGGCUACAGAACAUCGAUCCCGAUAUGAUUGGAGCGUAGAGCCCGAUGCAGCGUCAUUUAGUAGUCAUGCAUCUUGUUUGUGUCUGGGUCCUUUUAAUACAGAUUUGUAUACGAUGUUCAGCUGAAAGGCACAAAGUGACCCGUGCAUUGUACUGUAGAUCCCAUGUCCGUUUUCACAAUACUGCGGACAACUUCCGGUUACAUGCGUGCGCAUCUUGUUUUAAUUUCCUGUUCUACUUCUUGAACCCUAGACUAAAUACAUCCAACGAUGACCCACAGUUAGCUUUUAUUUACAACGGUAACCUCAUCAAUCUAAAGUCCUGGGACUUCAGAAAUCACUCAGUCCAGAACAGUGUUUGUUCGUACUUGUCAAACGACGAAUGUCAGCGCUGGCUAUCAUGUUGUCAAUCAGCAGAUUCAUGUUGUGAGCGACAGCUGUCACUUCCGGCGGAAGUUAACAACACGUGUGGACGGAUCUGGGACGGAUGGCUUUGUUGGAAUGACGCUGCAUCCGGUUCACACAACUACAAUUCCUGCCCUCUAUUUGUACCAUUCUUUACUCAGUCGCGAGAGGCAAUUAAAAGAUGCGGAAAAGACGGUCAGUGGAUACAGAAAACGGUCUACAGCCCCUGUCUACAGAAAGAGGAAUUGGAGACGACGAUAUUUAUUGGACUUGGCUGCAGUGUGACCAGUGUAGUGUUUUUGAUACCUUCCAUUAUCAUUUUAUUACAAUACAAGCUUCUCAGAAAGCAACAUCGAAUCCGACUCCACGUGAACUUGUUUUUGUCCUUGACCUUCAAAGAGGUCAUGGAGAUAUUAUGGGACAUGCUGGUCACUUACGACAAGGUCACGAGUACCGAGGUGUUUGAGACCACGCUGAUGAAGAACAGGGUGGGCUGUAAGCUGCUGUCUUUCCUGAAGAUCUACUUUAAGUGCUGUUGUUUCACCUGGAUGUUCGCCGAGGGCUUCUACCUCCACCGUCUGAUGUCCAACGCCUUCUCUCCCCCGCGCUCCCUGACCCCCGUGUACAUACUGGGCUGGACCGUGCCCCUCCUGUCCUCGUCUAUAUAUGGAAUUCUAAGAGGCGUCUAUAGCAACGAAAGUUGUUGGGCCUAUGGAUUUUACAAUCUGGAGUGGAUAUUUGACGCACCAAACGUAAUUUUCCUGGUGCUCAACUUGAUUUUUCUGUCAAACAUUCUACGCAUCCUGAUGACUCAACUACAGUCUCAUCCAAACGAGCCAGGGAACUUUAGGAAAGCAGUGAAGGCCACGUUUAUUUUGAUCCCGUUGUUUGGGAUCCAGCUGUUUGUGACGAUAUACAGAGUCCCCAUCAGUAAGGAGGGUGCUCUGGAAUACGAGCGAGUCACAGUCAUCAUCAACCACACACAGGGCUUUUUCGUGGCCAUGGUAUUUUGCUUUCUGAAUGCAGAGGUGAUCUCUAACCUUCGAAGAAGUUUACGUCAUCAAAUACGAGAUACGUCAUUUUCAAUGUCUAAACGUUUAAAUCACACAACUCACCAUACGUUAUCUGUCAGAUCAGAAUGUGAUGGUGCAAAAGACUACCACCAGUCCAAUCACUCGUUUCUAGAGACUGGUCAAGAAACAGAGGAAAUCGAGCUUAAGGAAACCUCUCUACUGAACGGACCACCGACGGCCAAAUCUGAAUUUUAUGAAUGAUUUUAAAGACUUCUUCUUCUAAAAGUCGAUUUUUUUGUCGAUUAAAUACAUUUACUUUUUUUUUACAAUUAAGGAAUUUACGUAUAUAUACAUGAACCACCAUUCUUAUAACAUGAUACAAUUUAUUUCACAAGAAUUAAAUCCUUAACAAGAUAAUAUAUGACAGUGUGAUUGUAAUAAUGGUAGAAGGAAAACUGUAAUAUUCAAUUAUCCAGGAAAAGGAUAAAAAAAAGAAAUCAAGAAUUUGGACUUCGAUAUUGACGUUUAACGUUUCAUUUGCAAUGAAACCGGGAUCUGAAAGACUGUUCGAUUAGAAAAAGGUCACGGCGGAGUAUUUUCCUUAUCCAAAUCACUUGCUACGAGUGAGGCCUGACAUGCGGGG